GUCACUUUCUCAGCCAGCCAGCAGCCACUCUCUACAUCUCUGAUUUCUUUUCACAUUUCUUCUUUUAAAUUGUUCAAAAUGAGCUAUAGAACAUCCAGCAGGGUCUCCUUCACCCGCUCUGCUCCUCAGUACCGAGCUGCCAGCAUUUAUGGUGGGGCUGGUGGACAGGGUGCUCGCAUCUCCGCCGCCUCUGCAUCCUCCCUGCGCUCCGGUGCCCCCAUGUCCACCUCCGGUGGCUUCAACCUGAGCCAAGCUCUGAGUGGUAGGUCGGGUGCCGGCUUCGGCGGGGCAGCUGCAGCAUCUGGAGGCAGUUCUAGCAUCCCUGGCAAUGAGAAGGGAGCGAUGCAGAACCUGAACGACCGUCUGGCCAACUACCUGGAGACGGUGAGGAACCUGGAGGCGGCCAACAAGAAGCUGGAGAUUAACAUCAGGGAGGCCUUGGAGAAGGGAGGUCGGGACGCAACAGAUUACAGCAAGUAUGAGCCAAUCAUUGAAGACCUUCGCAACCAGAUCUUUGACAAAGUUGCAGAAAACGCUCGAUAUGUGCUCCAGAUCGACAACGCCCGUCUCGCUGCAGACGACUUUAAAGUGAAGUUUGAGAAUGAGAUGGCAAUCCGUCAGUCUGUGGAGGCCGACAUUGCUGGCCUGAAGAAAGUCAUAGAUGAAACCAACAUGAACAGGAUGAACAUCGAAAGUGAGAUUGAGGCUGUGAAGGAAGAGCUCCAUUUCCUGAAAAAAAAUCAUGAAAAUGAGGUGAUGGAGCUGAGGAAUCAGAUCUCUCACUCUGGCGUGCAAGUGGACGUGGAUGCUCCAAAGGGUCAAGACCUGUCUCAAAUUAUGGAGGACAUGAGAGCCAAUUAUGAGAAGAUCGCCAUGAAGAAUGCAGAGGACCUUAAGCGCUGGCAUGAAAACCAGAUUUCAGACGUGCAGGUCCAGGUAUCACAGAACACAGAAGCACUUCAGGGGGCUCAGAUGGAGAGAGGCGAUUUAAUCAGACAGAUACAAACCCUGGAAAUUGAACUUGCAUCUCAGCAGAGCUUAAAAGCCUCCUUAGAAGACACCUUACAAAACACAGAGCAACGCUACAACAUGGAAAUGGAAAAGUAUAACAACAUCCUAGUCCGCCUGGAGGCAGAACUCACAAACUUGCGGGCGAACAUUCAGCACCAGACCCAAGAGUACGAGGCCCUGCUCAACAUGAAGAUGAAGCUAGAGGCUGAGAUCAGCACUUAUAAGGGUCUGCUGGAUGGUGGAGACUUUAAGCUCCAAGAUGCACUGGAGGAGCUAGAGGCUACAAGUUAAUUCAGUACAGAAUGCCAGAAGAAGAACAAUGGAAGCCUGCACCCACAAUCUAGAGCCAUGGGAAAAAAAUGCAUCUUGCUGCUCCGCAUGAUGCAUUUUUUUAAGUGAAAUUCAAAAUACACAAUGAAACCGCUUUGAUCCAGAAACACCCAUUGUCUGUUUCAAUCAAUAAAAGAAACUGUUCCCCUGC